AUGGUCUAUACCGGAAAACCGAGUCGUGGUUGCCAAACUUGCAAGACGCGUCGAAUAAGAUGUGACGAAGCCCGUCCAUCGUGCGGCAACUGCAAAAAGUCGGGCAGAACUUGCCCUGGCUUCCCUGACGAAUUCGACCUCAUCUUUCGAAACGAGAAUGCCGCUGUGGCUCGCAGGACCAAGCGGGCCGCCUCCAAGCAGAAGCCGAGCCCGUCCAAUUCGACCUCAUCCCCCAGUGAUGACACUCCCCAAGAAUCUCCAACUGACGACCAAUCACCGCUCCCCAUCGUGAAGCAGACCACAUAUCCGCCUACGCAAUCCCGUAGGGUCCCCACUGAUAGAACUUUGAUAAAUGCUCUGUUCGCUUUGCGCGGAUUCGCACUCCCUCAAGGUCUUUCGUUCUCCAUAGAAAACCAGGCAACUGCCUUCUUCUUCCGCAACUUCGUUCUCCUUCCCCAGCACGACGAGACUGCUCGAGGAUUUUUCGAACUUAUCGUGCCCUAUUACAAUUCGACGCCCGCUGAAUCUACUUUCCACCUUGCGACCCAUGCUGUAUCCCUUGCAGUUCUCGGAAACUACCCUGGCCGGUCACACCUUUUGCAAGAAUCCGCAUCAUUCUAUGGGAAAGCGCUACAAAAGGCGCAGAAGGCACUCCAGGACCCGGUUCAAGCCAGGUCCGACGAGACAUUGCUCACAAUCAUGCUGUUUGUUCUAUACGAGGCAAUGCACGCAACCAAUGAGUCCAUCAGCGCAUGGGCACACCAUAUCGACGGUGCCGUCACAUUAGCCAAACUCCGUGGUCCGAAGCAACUGGAGUCUGAGUCCUCGCGAAAGCUAUUCCAAGCUGUACGGGCAUUGAUGUUGACAAACUCCAUGCAACGGUGCAGGCCAGUCGAGGAAUUUCCAGGCAUUCCUGGCUGGGCUAUCCAAGAAGAAAACCCUGCAAAUCGUCUCACCGUCAUAUCCAUGGGCCUCCCAGCGCUUCGAUCUCGGGUCCGUGCACUGAUGAACAACAAAGUCAAGGACGACAAAAAAGAGGAGGCAUGGUCUUUGAUAGCUGCGGCUAGAGAAGUCGAUGUUGCUCUGAACCAGUGGGCUUCGUCAUUGUCAGACCAAUGGGCCCAUAGGACCGUCGCAUAUCAGAACGAGGUACCAGAAGACGUCUAUACUGCUGACCGCUGGGUCGGUCCAGUACACGCCUACGUAGACGUCUGGACCUCUCACAUCUGGAACGACUAUCGUGUCACCCGUAUCUUCACUCUCUCUAUCAUCAUGGCUUGCUGCUCAGUCAUCUCGCCUGAUUCCACCGACCUCUCGGUCAAGGCAAUGCUUGCCAAUACCCAUUUCAUCACCCAAGGCCUAAUCGACGAUUUAUGCGCCAGCGUCCCUUUCCACAUCAAUUAUGACCUCCAGCCUCGCGCUAGGGAGAUUGGUCAAGACCGAGAGUCUGCCGAAGCGCUUGGCGGCUUCCUCCUUGUUUGGCACGUCUUCGUUGCCGCGAACGUCGAGUGUAUCCCGGAACAGCAGCGCGAAUGGCUACAGGGCCGCCUUCUACACAUUGGAAAAGAGUUUGGACUAUCACACGCUCAGAUGCUCGGAAUUGCCAAGCGACACAAGCUCAUGCACGGCGACACACCGAACCUCCAAUCACGGAACUUCUCCAUGACGCACCCCGCCGGUCUCAUCGGCUACAGCGACGUACCACCCAACAUGGGCUCCAUGGGUUCCGGGCAGAUGUUCGCCGUGGAUGCCUCGGCGAAAUUGGCAUACGACAUGGCGGCUUCGGGGAGGAGUUGUUUCGAAGUGGAUGGUGGAGGCUCAGUCACCGAGAUGAGCGAAUACGGACGUAAUAAUACCUCGACCACGUUUGUUGACAAGGUCGUGGAAGAGGCGACUGAUUGGUUCGGCGCGACGAUAUUCGCGUCGAUGCAGCCGGGAGGUGUUGCCGUCUUGAGACAUCCGCCCACGGGGGCUAUCGAAAUCAGCGAAGAGAAGAGUCCGAGUAGCGCCUGGUUGAAUCCGCAACGCCAAUAG